AUGGCGUCAAGCAUUGUUGUAAUGCUGGCGAUCAUUGCCCGACUAGCGUACAGAGCCAGCGGAACUGCCAAUGAAGCCGUACCAGCCUACCAUACCCUGUGCGCAGUUGUAAACAUCGCAAGAGGGGAGCCAACAACGCCAGAAGACACCGAAGGCGCAGCUAUAAGUCAGGAAAUAACUUUGCUCACAGAACUAAAUAUAACAGUAGCAGACGACGACUUCUACAACCAGGACUUUAAGGAGGAUCCAAAUAAUAAGAUCACAGAAGCAAAUUGGGUAAAGCACCGCGCGGCCUGGCAUGCAGCCAAAAAAAACCUACAAAACAACAAAGUGGAAAAACACGGUCUGAAAAUCACCCGGCCGCUCAACAGCCACGCCCGGCAGGCAGCGGCAGUUGUGAUAAAUAGAACCCUGGAAAUGGCUCUAGAAAGACGCAAAGAUUACAAACCAUUAAAGAAAACGGGGGUGGAAGAAGCGCUGCUGACGGCGCUCUACGGCCCGACCGAAGCACUGUCGCAAAAGGCGGGCGAAACCUUCGGCGCUUCGGGAGUCAACGCAUGCUCAGCACCCGGGUCGGGUACAGCGGUGCCGGGCAUGUCGCUAGCGUCGGACCUAGUGUGUAUGUUCGGUUCAAAUUCAGGCAGCAACAAAGCCGAAGAGUGCCUUGGGACCCAGGGAGGCCAAGACUGCCAAUACAAUGACCAAAGCGGAGCCCAUACUUGCUUCCCACAGCUGCUCGCUGGCUUCCCGGCAGCCGGGAAGGCCAAAGUUAGCGCGGCAGCAAUACAGGCGGCGAUAGGAGCGUUCAUAACCGGCUUAAAGGACAAGGGCGGCAGCACCCAAGCCAACAAUCUAAUACUCGGGACGGCAAACAGCGUCAACUGCAACGGAGUAGCGAACGCCGGCUGCGUAAAGUACAAGGCAACAAGCACCGGCACGGUGCCAAUACCGUGGAUGAGACAUCUGGAAACAGCAGCAACUAAACUAGCUGAACACGCGGAACAAAGAUCUAAAAACAUGGCAUCCCUAGCAGAAAUAAGGCAUCUUCGCAGCAUUGCGAUACAGGAAUAUCUCAAGGCGCUCAAAGGAGACCAGCCUCAGCUUCAAAAAAUAGCAGGCGACCAGACAGCACAUCCGAAAAAAAAGGAACCAGAAUGCAACAAACACCAAUCAAAAACCGAAUGCACUGAACCAUGCAAAUGGAACGAAAAUGCCACUGAUGCAAGCAAAAAAUGCUCAUUAGACCCCCAAAAAGCAAAAGAACAAGCAGCAGGAACAGAAGAUGGAGCUGCAGGAGAACAAAAAACUGACUCAAAGUGCUCCGAAAAGAAAAAACAAGAAGACUGCAAAGAUGGUUGCAAAUGGGAAGAUAACAAGUGCAAAGAUUCCUCUAUUCUAGUAAACAAACAACUGGCCCUCAGCGUGGUUUCUGCAGCAUUUGUGGCCUUGCUGUUUUAA